UAUAGUGUAUUUUAUUUGCUAUUGAGGCUGAGGAAUCAAAUCGAAAUCGAACCGCCCACGUUUGUUUGUGGUACGUGUACUUACAACCCACUAACUGACUAACUGACUGACUGUCUGACUGUCUGACAAUGCGGCUUUUGUUGCUGUUACUGGGAUUACUUGCGCUGACUUUGGCCAAACCGUCGUCGGAGCCAGCCAAGUUGGCCAUUGAUUCGGCACCUUCGGUGGUCUCCUAUCAGGGCUCCUCACAGACACACACACGCUUCGUUAUAGCCCCGAUGGGUCGAGCUUUGGGCUAUGUGGAACCCACGAAUCUCAAUCGCACAUUUCACACGACUCCAAGCGAGAUGAAUCAACUGUUGCAGGUCCGACCUGUCUAUGUGCAUCAUUAGCAUUUUACAAAUGACAUUACUCGUAGUUAGGCUGUGUUUUUCUUAAUAUUUUAUGAUCAAAUCAAGUUGGGAAAUUUUGUAUGAAUUUUUAAUU